AUGGAUGAAGCCGCGCGGAAUGGCUCAGGUCUCCCGGCCGCUCAUCCAUCAUGGUCUGCCUCUGACCCCGUCGCACUUUACACUUCUUUGAGCGAGCGGAGCCUCGCAAGGGAAGGGUAUUGUGUUACCCAGGCAUACCCAGAUGAAAUGCAUGGACAUCCACUCAACUCCAUGAAUCCACAGUCCACUCAACUCCACGAUUCCGCAGUCCACUCAACUCCACGAUUCCGCAGUCCACUCAACUCCACGAAUCCACAGUCCACUCAACUCCACGAAUCCACGGUCCACUCAACUCCACGAAUCCACGGUCCACUCAACUCCACGAAUCCACAUUCCACUCAACUCCACGAAUCCACAGUCCACUCAUCUCCACGAAUCCACAGUCCACUCAACUCUGCAAAUCCACAGUCCACACGAAUCCACAAUCCACUCAACUCCACGAAUCCACAGUCCACACGAAUCCACAGUCCACUCAACUCCAGGAAUCCACAGUCCACUCAACUCCACAUAUCCACAGUCCACUCAACUCCAGGAAUCCACAGUCCACUCAACUCCAGGAAUCCACAGUCCACUCAACUCCACGAAUCCACAGUCCACUCAACUCCAGGAAUCCACAGUCCACUCAACUCCACGAAUCCACAGUCCACUCAACUCCACGAAUCCACAGUCCACUCAACUCCAGGAAUCCACAGUCCACUCAACUCCACAUAUCCACAGUCCACUCAACUCCACGAAUCCACAGUCCACUCAUCUCCACGAAUCCACAGUCCACUCAACUCCACAUAUCCACAGUCCACUCAACUCCGCGAAUCCACAGUCCACUCAACUCCACGAAUCCACAGUCCACUCAUCUCCACGAAUCCACAGUCCACUCACCUCCACGAAUCCACAGUCCACUCAAGUACCCCCGUGACUCAUCCAAAAACUCCUUACUCAUCACAAAGCCACCAGCUUCGCCCCACACCCACAUAG